GCUCUCUCCGCUUUCUUUUCCCUAACACACACAAACAUUUUCACUUCCCCAACAUAUAUCUCCCACCCAACACACACACCCACACACACGACACAAUUCUCUCUAUUCCCCUCUACAACAACAACAUCAAUAUUAGAUAUUAGAACACAACCCCUUUCUUGAAAAUAUAUUUAUAUCAACCCAGAAAAAACAAAAAAAAGGGAGAGAAUAAUUUUUGUCCAAUUUGCAGCGAUAAUAAUAGGUUUGUAGAUAAGAGGAUUUUUUUUUUGUUGGGUUUAGUGUUAAUGCAUCAAAAGAAAUCAGAAGUUCAGAUCGGAAAAGAAAGCAGUUGCAUCUCUUCCGAUUUUAACCCUACCCUUGUUUCUUCUUCUUCAUCUCUUCAUCAAAAACAUAAUAAUUUCCCAAUAUCACCUGAAUCAUAUCAACCACAUACUGCUAUUCAAAUAUAUGUUGAAAAUAAUAAUAAUAAUAAUAAUAAUAAUAAUAAUAAUAAUAAUAAUAAUAAUGACCCAGUUACCCCUACAACCAAAACCACCCCACAUAAAAGACCUCAUUUGGGUGUUUCUUCAUCAUCAUCUAACAAAUCUAUGUUAAAAUCACCAACUUUAUCUAAUUUGCCUUCUAUUCAUAAGUAUUCUGUAAAAGGUGUUCGUAAUUUCCAUGUUUACCCUUGUUUGUGUCAUAUUCGUCGAAUUCUUCGUCUCCAUAUCCGCUUAAUACUUCUUCUUUCAUUACCCUUUUUUUAUUUCUUGGUUUCACAUCCAACUAAUUCUUUCUUUCUUGAUUUUCUAUCUGCUUUUGCUUUUUCUGCUGCCCUUUUGUUUUCAUUGAAUUUGGCACUUCCAAGAUUACCCUCAAUAAGGUUGUUUUUAGCUAGGUCUUUGCCAAUUAACAAGCUUUCUAAACAAAGGAAUGCUGCUUUGCCUGUUUUUUGGUCGAUUGGGGCGAAAAUCGAUAGUAAACGAGGGGUGAAUUCGUCGUCGGGUUGUUAUGUACAAGCUUAUAGUAAUGGUGAUGUGUAUGAAGGGGAGUUUCAUAAAGGGAAAUGUAGUGGAAGUGGUGUUUAUUACUAUUAUAUGAGUGGGAGAUUUGAAGGGGAUUGGGUUGAUGGGAAGUAUGAUGGUUAUGGUGUGGAAACAUGGGCAAGGGGGAGUAGAUAUAGAGGGCAAUAUAGGCAAGGUCUUAGGCAUGGAUUCGGAGUUUAUCGGUUCUUUACGGGGGAUGUAUAUGCCGGGGAAUGGUCGAACGGACAAAGUCAUGGGUGUGGAGUUCAUACUUGUGAGGAUGGGAGUAGGUAUGUUGGUGAAUUCAAAUGGGGAGUUAAGCAUGGCCUUGGUCACUACCACUUCAGGAAUGGAGAUAAUUAUGCUGGGGAAUAUUUUGCUGAUAAGAUGCAUGGUUUUGGAGUAUAUGUUUUUGCAAAUGGGCAUCGGUAUGAAGGAGCCUGGCACGAGGGAAGGAGACAAGGGCUUGGGAUGUACACUUUUAGAAAUGGGGAAACACAGUCUGGUCAUUGGCAAAAUGGGGUCCUUGACAUUCCAAGCACACAGAAUACCUCCUAUCCUGUUUCUCCUGUUGCUGUUUACCACUCCAAAGUUCUAAAUGCUGUACAGGAGGCACGUCGAGCAGCAGAAAGGGCCUAUGAUGUGGCUAAAGUUGAUGAGAGAGUGAACAGGGCAGUUACAGCGGCCAACAAAGCAGCCAAUGCAGCUAGAGUAGCCGCGGUGAAAGCUGUGCAAAAGCAAAUGCAUCAUCGCAGGAACAGUGAUGACCUUCCAAUGUUCAACUGAUGGACUUCGUUUCAGUUUAAGCCACCUGAAGUGUUCAUCCUUUUUCACAGACUGCUGCAAAGGGGGAUUAGUCCGUAAAAUACUCUCCUUUUAAUCACUUCUGUGCCCCAAACGGAAGCUGGUCGUAUUGUCUACUGGAUUUUUGCGUUGUCUAAGUUGGGCAAUCUUCAAGCUGCUGCAUUACGGUCAACCCUGGCUGACCUUUUUCAUUCAUAUGUUUUUGUAAAUUUAGCUAAGUAGUAGAAUCUGAGGUGCUGGUGUCCCGAGAGAACCUCAACCCUACCAGCCUCCUCAUGUGUACUAGUGACUGUUGAGAAUCAGUAAAGUCAUAAAAAGGAAAUAGAAAGCCUUGUUUUUAUUAUGUCUCUUGACUGAAGUUAUGGAGCUGUAUAAUCAAUACUUGCUUAUA